CUGCUCACCCGGGCGGCGGCGUUGCCAUGACGACCGCGCCGCGCAGCGCCGCCAUGGAGGUGACGGGCAGCCGCUUCUGCGGCGACACCGAGCGUGGCAGGAUGGAGGGACGGGGCUCCUACACGCUGCCCACCGGCACCGAGUACCGCGGCGAGCUGCGGGACGGCGCGUUCCACGGGCGGGGCGAGCUGCUGUUCCCCGGCGGCGGCACCUUCCGCGCGGUGUGGCACCGCGGGCUGCCCGUGGAGGGGAAGUUCACUUUUGCAGACGGCCUCGAAUACGCGGCCGAAAGGUGGGAUUACUGCGACGGCUACGACAGGAGGUUCUACAGCGAGAUCCGCUCGGGGCUCAGAGCCGCAGGCAUUUCUCAGCUUACCAAUCUGGAUCCUCCUCGAAAAAUCCCAGCAGGAUGUUACGACUGUGGUGAUGGAUUCUAUAAUCCUGAAACCAGAAUUGUCACUGACUACGAGCUGAGGUUUCUCAGAAAUGCAGAUGAUGAGGAGCACGAGUGGAUCACCAGGACCUGCCGCAAAGCUGAGGACGGAGCACCGGGGCAGAAACCUGGCCCGUGAAAGCUGGUUUUGCUAGAGAGUAACAUUGCAGAGCAGGUGAUGUGAUUGACAGUACGUCUGAUUUGUCACUGCGUCUUACAUCACCCUGUCCCUACAGGAAUACAAUCUUUUUGUCAUCUCCGUCAGCAUAAACAAAAAUGGAAAUAAUCGCUUAAUCAGUCAUGCUGAGAAAAAAAGCCAUGAAAGAGAGCAGACUGCUCUCACAGCAAUAUUCCUGAGAGGUGUGUGUGCAGCACAUACACACGUCAUUAAGCCUGAAAACAAUCUGUUAAAAAGAGUGCCUCAGAUUCAGUGUUGAAGUCAUUCAAAUCCAUCUUAAUCAACAUUAUUUUCCCAGAUUUUAGUUAGCUGUCCUGGUGAAUUCCUUUCCUCUCUUUUUGCUCAGUACUUUGAUAUUGAUUGAUCAUUGUAAUAAUGUACACCAGAGGUAUUCUUUAAUGACUGGUUUGCUAACUAGGAAAUUAUAUCCAUUUACUACAAACAUUUGUUGAACUCUCCUGAAGCCGGAAUUUAACAAAAUAAUAAAAGAGGAGAACUGGGUGGGUUGCUGCUUGAUUAGUAAGCCAGAAAGUAUUUAAAAAAUAAAAUAAAAUGGAAUUACAUCAUUUUCUGGAUGUGAGUGCCAGCACUUCUACUUGCAUUAACUUUAUUUAUUACACAAAUAAGACAUUUACAAAGCACAACAUUAAAAGUAUGUAACAAAACAGACAUUGGUUUUACAAAAAAGUGCUUACAAUUUAGUUUUAAUUUUUAAAAUAAAUUAGUCUUGACUGUCCACUCGUUCAGAGAAUUUUUUAACCAUUGUAGCCAAGACAUGCAUAAUUGCAACAUGCUACAACAAAAUGAUUGGCUGACGAAACAAAACCAAUGUUUCUAUAGUUGGCAUCCUACAGAUGUAUCACUGAUAGCAGGGCAGGAUCGAAUCCUGCUCCCCGUCCAACCAGUGAGUUGUGUAAGCACCUUUAGCUGGGCGUGGGGGUUAACCAGCAUGAGCCAAAAUAAAAAAGAAUUGGUAAUCAUCCCGUAAACCAUUCCUAUUUCAGACCCUCACCGUAUUCAGUUACCUUAUUCAACUCAAGUGAAAAGCCUCUUGCUGCCUGUCUUCACUGCAUUUUUGUCUGCAAAAGUUUUUGGAAAUAGCAACUGCAGAAGUUUAUUACGUGGAGUCUACGUUGCUGCACCAGAACCCAUUUGGCAAUUACUGAAUAAACUAAGAAAAUGGGAAUGAUUUUACUUUAUUUUUUGCUUUUAAUCUACAGACAGGAGAUGAAUGCAAAUGACCUGAGAUAAGGUUUGGUUCAGUGGCAACAGUCAGCGUGAAAUAGAUCGUGAAACAAUGUAUUGAAUAAAUUAGAGGAUUUCUUACA